CUUCAUUCUCGAGACCUCUCCUUCAGAACCAACUUUGCGAUGUCAAGCUCCAAAGUUGUCUCUGUUUUCUUCUUCGGAUUUUUGCUUCUCUGUUUCUUCACAGACUCUCCUGCCAACGCUCAACUUAUACCCCAAGAUGAAGUGAAGGCUCUACAGGCAAUAUCUGAUAAACUCACAAAUGUGAAUUGGAAGGUUAAAGAGACAUCUUGCAACAAUGGAGACUCGGGAUUUAAUAAACUCGUUUCUUCAUCCUCUGGACCAACCAGGAAUGUCACUUGCGAUUGCAGAUUCCAAAACGGCAGCGUUUGCCAUGUCACCCAUAUCCUGUUGAAAAGACUGAAUAUAGCAGGAGAAAUACCCAGUGAAUUUGGAAAUCUUACACAACUGAUUGAACUUGAUCUCACUCGCAACUAUCUCAAUGGCACAAUCCCAACAGUUUUUACGCGCAUCCCUCUUGUCAAUCUGUCCCUUUUGGGGAAUCGCAUUAGUGGUUUGAUUCCCGCAGAAUUGGGUAAAAUUGCUACUCUGCAGGAGCUGGUCUUGGAAGAUAAUCAGCUUGGAGGACCUCUUCCUCAGAGUCUUGGAAAUUUGCGCAACCUACGGAGAUUACUUCUUUCUGCAAAUUAUUUUACUGGGAUAAUACCAGAAACGUUUGGAAAUCUGAAGAACCUUACUGAAUUUAGGAUAGAUGGGAGCAGUUUAUCAGGGAAGAUACCUAGUUUUAUUGGUAACUGGACCAAAGUUACUAUUCUGAAUAUGCAGGGCACAGGCAUGGAAGGUCCAAUUCCUUCCACCAUAUCCUUGCUGACUAACUUGAGAGAAUUGAGAAUAUCGGACUUGAAUGGAACAACUAUGAGAUUUCCUAAUCUAAGGGAUUUGAAGAUUUUGGAACGACUAAUAUUGAGAAAUUGCCUAAUUGUUGGUCCCAUUCCAAACGACUUCAGCGAGAUGACAAAAUUAAAGACUCUAGACCUGAGCUUUAACAGGUUGACUGGUCCAAUCCCUGCUUCAUUUCAGGACUUGGAAUUUAAUCACAUGCUUCUGAUGAACAAUUUUUUGAGUGGAGCAAUUCCUGGGUGGAUGCUUAAGAACACACAUAAUACUGAUUUAUCUUACAACAAUUUUACUGAGGCUUCUGCAUCUCGUUGCCAGCUUUUGGAUGUGAAUUUGGCUUCUAGUCUCUCAUCUUCAGUAAGCAAUCCACUCUUGUGUUUGAAGAAGGGCCUACCUUGUGAGGGGAAGUCAGAUUAUCAUUCGUUAUUCAUAAACUGUGGAGGACCCAAGAUGAAGUUCAAUGGUCACGAAUACGAAGACGAUUUAAAUCCAGAUGGCAUUUCAUUCUUUAAUUUUCAAAACAACUGGGCUUAUAGCAGUACAGGAGUCUUCAUGAAUAAUGAUAGUGCUGCUUUUGUAGCAACAAAUUCAUCUUCCUUGAAUGGGAGUAGCCCAGAAUACUACCAAACAGCCCGUCUUAGCCCUCUAUCCCUUAAGUACUAUGGCUUAUGUAUGAUGAAGGGCAAGUAUAAAGUAAAGCUCCAUUUUGCUGAGAUAAUGUUUUCUGAUGACCAAACAUAUAGCAGCCUUGGUGUGCGCAUAUUUGAUGUUUCAAUUCAGGGCGUUAAAUACUUGAAAGAUUUUAACAUUGCGAAGGCAGCAGGUGGAGUUGGUAAGGGCAUCACAAGGGAAUUUGAUGUUUAUGUGAAUGAUAGCACCUUGGAGAUCCAUUUAUACUGGGCAGGGAAAGGAACUACUGCUAUUCCCGAUAGAGGUGUAUAUGGACCCCUAAUAUCUGCCAUUACUGUGACGCCAAACUUCAAAGUUCCUUCAAAAGGGUUGUCCACUGGAGCUAUUGUUGGAAUUGUAGUUGGAUCAUGUGUUUUCCUCGUAUUGGUACUCUUUGUCCUCCAAAAGAAAGGUUUCCUUGGUGGGAAAGAUCCAAAAGAUAAAGAACUUUUAGAUCUUAAGACAGGCUAUUUUUCUCUUAGACAAAUUAAAACAGCCACCAAUAACUUUGACCCAGCAAAUAAGAUAGGAGAAGGAGGAUUUGGGCCAGUGUAUAAGGGUGUGCUGUCAGAUGGUGUAGUCAUUGCUGUAAAGCAGCUCUCUUCCAAGUCAAAGCAAGGGAAUCGUGAAUUUGUUAAUGAGAUAGGAAUGAUCUCUGCAUUGCAGCACCCGAAUCUUGUGAAGCUUUAUGGUUGUUGCAUAGAUGGAAAUCAACUAAUGCUUUUAUACGAAUACAUGGAGAAUAAUUGUCUUGCUCGAGCACUUUUUGGCCGCGAAGAACAGAGAAUAUACUUGGGUUGGUCCACAAGAUUGAAGAUUUGUUUGGGGAUAGCAAGGGGAUUGGCUUAUCUUCAUGAGGAGUCUAGAUUAAAAAUAGUGCAUAGGGACAUUAAGGCAACAAACAUCUUACUCGAUAAGGACUUAAAUGCCAAAAUUUCUGAUUUUGGCCUAGCGAAGCUCGAUGAAGAGGAGAAUACGCAUAUCAGCACCCGAAUAGCUGGAACAAUUGGUUACAUGGCUCCUGAAUAUGCAAUGAGAGGUUAUUUGACGGACAAAGCAGAUGUAUAUAGCUUUGGAGUUGUUGCUUUGGAAAUUGUUAGUGGAAAGAACAACAUGAAUUACCGGCCAAAGGAUGAGUUUGUUCAUCUUCUUGAUUGGGCCUAUGUUCUCCAAGAGCAAGGAAACCUUCUGGAACUAGUGGAUCCGCGUCUUGGUUCAAGCUACUCCCAAGAUGAGGCCAUGAGAAUGCUCAACUUGGCUCUUUUGUGCACCAACCCAUCUCCCACCCUCAGGCCAGCCAUGUCAUCCGUAGUGAGUAUGCUUGAAGGAAAUAUUCCAGUUCAAGCUCCAAUAAUCAAGCUCAAGGAUUCAAGCCAGGAUCAUCAGGAUGCAAGAUUCAAAGCCUUUGAGAUGCUAUCACACGACAGCCAGACCUCUAUAGCUUCUCAAACAAGCAGGGAGCAAAGAGGCAAGUCAAUGGAUGGGCCAUGGAUUGAUUCUUCAAUAUCUCUUCCGAGUACAGAUGAUUACUCUUCAUCUAGCAAGCUUCUUUGAAAUUAACAUCACGAAUAUGACUAGCUCUAUGAGGAAGAAAACUUGCAAGUAUUUUCAAGUUCUUUUGUGAAGGAGUCACCUUGAAUAGUAGGGUGAUAAAUGUACUUAUAAAAAUGUGCACACAUUGUCAAAGAGAUAAAGCUAGAAAUGUUGUUUGCAUAUUUUAUUCGCUGUAGUGUAAUGAUAAUGACAUUUCAUGUGUUCAUCUUAUCAAAAUGGCGGUUAAUUGUGGUUCUAGUGC